GUCGCGCGUGUGUGAGUUUCACGGUGUCGGAUUGUUUUUGGAUGGGGUUUACCACAAAUUACAAAUAAACAGAUUGAAAUCUGUAUUUGUUGUAACAGGGCGAAUUCCGGAACAAAUUUAUCGCUGGAUGGUCCAAGCCGAGGAGCAGCUGCAGUGCGUGGCCUCCUGGUACCGCUCCUGGUCACCCGAGUGCAGGCAGCAGCUCAUCGACUUCCUCGUCGCCCAGGCGGUGCCUGACAGCGUCGAGUCUCUGGCUCUGGACGUCAGCCGACUGGGCGUCACUCAGCCGCCCACCACCUUCCAGUGCCAGCUGCGUCUGCUGGCCACCUGGUUCGAGCAGUGGCCGGACGCGGCCCGCAACCGGCUCCUCCAGCUGUUGGACAUCGCCGACGCCCAGUUUAUGCCCCAGUUCCGCGCGCGCACCGCCCCGUCGCAGCCAUGACCACCCACUCGGCCACCUACAGCCAGCCGCAGCAACUCAGCUUCGUCACCGGCUGGUUCUCUGCCUGGAGCGAGCUGCAGCGCCAGGACUUUGCGCCGGCGCUGGCGCAGAAACUGGAGCCGCGUCUGUACGUGAACGGCCUGAUCGGCGGCCUGGAGCGGCUGGGCCGGCCGCCGUCCAUCUUCCAGUGCCAGGUGAAGCUGUUCCAGGAGUGGUCCGACUCCUGGACGCCUGAGCAGCGCGCCGAGCUGCGCGCGCGCCUGGUGGCCGCUGACGCCGAGUUCGGCCGGCGCCUGGAGGCGGCACUGGCAGAGCCGCACUGCGGGGAGGAGCGGCCGACCGACGGCGGCGACGGCGACGGCGCCGACCCGGAGCCCGCCGCGCCCGACGCGACGACCCCAGAGGACCCGGCGGCGCCGGAGACGGAGCAGGCCACUGAGGAUGUUAGCAUCGACAGCCAGAGCAGCGAGCUGACGCCCACGGAGAUCUGAGCGGGCCGCGCCGAGAGGGGCCUGGAGGCAGGGUGAGCGGGGAUUUAGGGGGGAGGGGACACGGCGGGAGGACUGGGAACUGAAGGCGGGCACAGUGGGCUGAGUUCGGUAGGAUGGCUGACGGACUGAGCUCUGAGCGACUGCGGACUGAGGGACUGCGAACUGAGAUAGGUGGGCAGGGAGUGGUGUAAGGCGGGAUGAUGAGGACUGAGGGUCAGUCAACUGAAAUCGGAGGGGCAGCCAGAAAGUCUACGCGGCGGGAGUGGGGUUUGACUGAUGAACCUGGGUUGACGGGUUAGCAGUGACGGGUGCUAUGCUCCGUUUGCUAGCGGGAGAGGAAGGCAGACGAGUGCCAAUCUGCCUGAGUUACUCGUGGCAUAAUGGUGAGAGUAGAUUGAGACUCGGUGUACCGUGCUGUUGCGGACUGAGCCCUGCAACAGCUGUCUCAUCUGCCAGCCAAAAACGGGCUGUUUUUCAGAGGUGAUCUGAUUUGGGAAUGCUAUUCUGAAAAACACGUUUUGGCUGUUGGGCCUUCGGUGGACAUGAACUUCAGCCGAUGGUAACGUUUACAACGGCCUCAGCUGCGAUAGCUGGUUGCUACGAAAGGUAAAGGCGACGCCGUAGACAAUCACUAUGUGAUGGGCGGAGCCUCGCCCGCAGAUAAUAAUCGACCGAACAUUCCAGAUCGCUGUUUCGCAUAGCGCUUUCCUGCAACAGCUUCGCAUUUUUCCACGAUCAAAAGCGUGUACGCUGAGCGACUGUAACGUCUUGCCAGUUAGGUUCCUCUAUGUUAGUCGCAUAAUUGCGAGCUAUGCGCUUUGAACACCUGCAAGCGUCUUCAGUUCUUACUGAUCUUGUUAUUAUUGGCAUUUAUAGCCUGUGCGCUUUCGUUGACGCGUUGUUAUUCACUUACUGAACUACCGCCGUCGUGUAAUAUAGCCGCAGUAUCUUAUACACGACGGGUCGGCCCUUGAAUGGUUAUCUCAACUGGCCAUGUAGCAGCUGUGCCACUCCUUAUGGCGACGCGGUCGAUAUUCGGAAUGUUUACGUGUAUUGGUAUUACGUUAUCUCGUACGUAGUUCUCGGCCCUACACGGGUUUCUCGUUUGGGCGGCUUAGUUGGGUAGUAGAUAUAGCAGUAAUCAGCCACGCACCAGUGGACUACAUUGACUCGGUGACUCGGACUCUGGACUCUGUGUCUACUCUCCACUGUGUGUCUGGCCGGCGCGGUCUCCGUCCGGCCUCUGUGAGUGUCGGUAGGUGCGGGGACCGCCGGGUUCGGUGGUGGUAGCGGCCCUCUGGGGCGCCGGUCGCUGAGCUAUGACCCGCCCUGUAGCCGUGGGGCACUGGUAGUGUAGUGUAGUGUAGCGGAGCGAUCGCUGUCUCUGCUGCCAGUGAGGGACGGCAGAAACGGCGCUCUUGUGGCAGGGAGUUGGUCUUUGUUCUCAUGGAUUGUGCCAGGUACUCUACUUACUCGAAUAAGUAUCAGCGAGCUCAUGUGAAACUUUGAUAACGGCGUAUGCACAAUAUACUCGCUAGUUUUA